AUGGUGCUUCGAUGGCUCUUCUUGGUUGGCCUUGGCCUCGCAGAAGACGAGGAUGUGGUUUCCAGCCAAAGCUGCCACUUCCUGCAAACAGGACUCGGCUUCCGCAAGCAUUACCCCUUCGAGCGAGAAGACGCAGAGGCAAACAUCACCGUCGACAAGGAGAAAGGCAUUUGCCUGGGCCAUUUGUCCCAGCAGGAUUUGUCCACUCCAAUUGCGGAACUUUCAGAAGCCUAUGGUGAAGAUGGCUGGUGCGUCUAUGGUGCAUUGGGGGGGUGGAUUCGAGAGUGUGCCGUCAGCCGACGUACACACAACCUCAGCAACUUCCUAGAUUUGUUCUGGACGGGAUACGUCUAUUUUCUCAAUGGACCACAGGCGACACCAUACACCCUGACGUUGUUCGACAAUCGGACGCUCACAAUCCGGGAUCACAGUUUUCCCUUGGAUGAUUUGUACUGCUUUGUGAACGGCUGGUACUCAUUGGACCGAGCUGCCAUUGUGGGGAACUUCAGUUACCUGGAAGAAGCUUCUGAAAAGGCUUGCAAGCACUUGGAAGAGACGGUGCCAGGAUACUUCAACAUCAGUUUCAACGACUUUGCCCGGGAGUCCGAUGCCGAUGAGCUUCUUCUGGAAACCUUGGCCCGCGAGGGCGGCGGUUUCAUCUCCGAAGACGUGGUGAAGGGCAUGCGGCUCCACGCUGCAACCAAGUGUCUCUUCAGAGGUGGCGGUCGCGGUGCCGUGUGCGACUUGGCCAACUGUGCCGAGCGCGGCCGCCUUGGACCCAAUAACGAGGUCUUGUACACCGUCCGCGGCGAAUGUGAAUCCGUUUGGGCAGAUCGACCGGCCCUCGUCGGCAGCAGAUAG